GAGGCGUUCUAGGUUUGCCGGAAUAGAGAGCCAAAGCCCUCUUUUGAAGCAAGAUUCCCUCCCUUCUCUUUCUCUCGCUCUCUCUCCUUCAAAAUCAAGUUUCAGUCUUUGAUUUCUCACUUAGUAAUGGCGGCUUCUAAAUCUAGAACUAGAUCCAGUGGACUAUCGAGCUAUUCGUCUUCGUCGACGGGUUUCGCCUCUGCAAGUUCGAGUUUCUCUUCUCGAUCUACUGGUUUCUUCAAUCGGUCAGCAUCUCCUACUCGCGUUAAUCUCUACGGAUCCGUUCCGUCAACGCCGUCGGUUCGGUUUUCGCUCGACAGAUCUGUAUCACCGAGCAGGUCGAUUUCGGUUUCUCCUCGUGAUCAGGUCGUGAAGAAGCAGAAUUAUCCUCUGUCAGCUCCGUCGUCUCCUAGGAGAACCUGUAUGUGUUCACCGACGACUCAUCCUGGUUCUUUUCGUUGUAGUCUCCACAAAGGUUUCAGCGGUACACAUCAUCGUGCGGGAUCUUAUCCGUCUAACAGAUUGAACGCUCGGAGAUCGGUCAUGACGAAUUCUCUGGUCCGAAUCGGUACUGUUGAGGGAGAAUUGGUUAAGAGAGCUUUGGCAGCUUUGAUCCGUCCUUCUUCUCAUCAGCAGAGGAGAAGAGUCGAUUUCCAGGCAAGGCCUAGCCGGCUUUCUAUCAUGUCAAGAGCCGAAGACUUGUGAUCGAAGUGGCAGGUUUGUUCAAUCACAUCCUUCGAUCCUCAUCUGUAAAUCUCUCCUAUUGCUCGAGUGUUUCGUGAAUGGAUAUGCCAGACACCACGAGGUGGAGAACAGAGGCGUGGCAUGGAGCAGCAGAUCGGCAGCGAGGGGUUUCGUCAUUUUGUAGUAUAUUCCGGUGACCAAAAACCCUAAGAGCUGAGACAAGACCGAGCUACUUGUAUAUACCAGUUAUACCAGUUUUGAUGAUAAUAGAUCAGAUUGCAGUAUUGCACAAUCAA